UCUUCUUCUCAAUUCAAAAGAUUAUAAUAAAAUAUUCACAAAAAAAGAAAAAACCAAUGGCACAAUUAAAAAUGAAUAUGAGUCUUGUUUUGGUUAUAUUGGCAUUGUUAUAUGCAGGAGCUUCAGCACAACCAGAUUGCAUGAAUGAGUUGGUGGGUCUAUCACCUUGUCUUGACUAUGUCACAGGGAACUCUUCAACCCCAACUUCAACAUGCUGCAUACAACUUGCAAGUGUUGUGAAAUCACAACCAAUAUGUCUAUGUCUGAUUGUUGAUGAUGAUAGUGGAUCAUCAUUGGGGAUCAAAGUUAAUCAUACUCUAGCUCUUGCCUUGCCUUCUGUUUGCAAUGUGCAGACUCCACCCCCCUCUCUCUGCAAAACUCUUCAUUCAGCUGCCGAUUCACCAGCUGGUGUACGAUCAACAACAGAUGAUGGCUCGUCCGGUGGAAAUUCUAUCAAAUUAUCACUUCCUCUGCUGUUCCUUGUUUUUGCAGCAACAUAUAUAUGCUUCAACUUUCAAGACAUAUUGGCAUAUUGAUCUACUUUCAUUCCUAGAUCUCCCAUUUGAAUGUUAAUUUUCACUUGUUGGAGAUUGUUGUUUCUUUUCAAUAUAUUCAUAUUUGUAACAACCUAUUCGGUUACAUUGUGUGUGUGUAUUGUGUGGUUGGGAAAUAAACAAUA